GCAGCGCUAAUGGCGGAGAGCGUGCGGUCGCCGUUUGAUUACCGGGAGCCUCCGACUCUCGAUAGCGACGGGGAUGGAAGCAAGCCGCCACCGCCCCGCGGGCGUGUGUGUGGCAGGAAGAGGAAAGGGACGCCUGUGAAAGUGUGUGACAGAGCAGCGUAUGUGACGGAGGAUGAAGAGGAGAGUCUGUCUGAGCACAGCUACAGCCCAGGGGAUGAUCAGUAUGCAGAGGGAGCUGAAGAUCGUCUUCCUCCGCCAGGCAGCCCGUACUUCCUCACUGACCCUCAGCUCUGUGUUCCUGAGCUGGGUGAAGAGGGUGCGAGUGGAGUCCGCGGCCCUGUGCUUUUCCACCCCCCGCCGAACUGCAGGAUCAGAGAGGUGCACUGUGGGAGUCAGGUCCGGCUCGUCGUCAUAGCGAUUCGAGACAUUGCCAAAGGCGAGGAGAUCACAGUGGACUACAGCCUGACGGACUGGGGGGAAAAUGCCAUGGGUUUUCACAGUUCAGUGUCUCCACGCGGGUUUGACUGUGGGUUUAAUCCAGAGAGCAACAUCAAGAAGGAGGAGGAUCCGGGCGCUCUGCCUCUGUCUCUCACUGUUUCAGACUACCUCACUCCAUCAUGGUCACUGUCGCCCUCCUCCUCCCCGCUGUCCCACUCCGAGCCCAGCGACUCCGACAGAGAGGAGGAUGAAGAAGAGGAAGACGAUGAUGAAGAUGAAGACGACGAAGAGGAGCUGGAGGAGCUGAGGGGUCGAAUGAUGAGACGCCGCAAGAAGAGGAAAACCUCCACCACCAUCAAGAAGAAGACUCAGCCACACCCCCUUUCCUUCACUCGCCCCGCCCCCUCAUCCCCCUCCCCCUUCCAGCAGCCUCAAGCCCCGCCCACCACCAAUAUAAACAACAACAUCAACAUAAACAUCGGUGCGAGUGGCACACUGUCCCGCCGCCAGCACUGUCCAUACUGCGGACGCCACUUCCGCUCACUCGCGCGCCAUCUAGAGAAACACCACGAUCAGCAGCCUGAAGUCAGAGCCGCAAUGGAGCUAUCGCACGCUCCCACACACACCCCGAACACAAACAUACACACAUUCCCAUCUCCAGCCCAGCCCUCGUCUUCUCUGGGGCCGUCGCUGUUUUCUAGGGAGCGCGAGUCUCUGUUGUCUGCUUCAAAACCGGCUGCUGUUUCCUUUUCUCUUUCGCUGGCCUCUCCUCAGUCUAGCGCCACCACCAAGAAAAGCUGUAGUACUCCUAGGAAGAGUGUUAAGAAGAGUCCCGGGACGCCGCCGGCACGGAGAGGACGACCACCUAAGAAGAAGGAGGAGAAGGAGAAAGAGAAGAAGAAGCAGGAGGAGACGGAGAGAGAGAAAGAGAAAGAGGAGCUGCCGCCGCCACCCACACCGGGGAAAGUAGAAGAAGAAGAGGUGGAGGAGGAGGUGGUCAACAUGGUGGAGGAUGGAGGAGCUGAGGAGAAGAACACAGAAAUCACAAGGUCUCAGCGCUCCCACAUGCCCCCUCUGCUGUCGUCUCUGUCCACGCUGGUGUCGUUCCUGCGCCGGCAGCAGCACUCCUCCUUUCUCUCGCUGUCCCGCGCGCCGAGCUCUGCUGAAUCCUGGCGUCAGCUGUGCCACUCCAGCCUGGCUCUGCUCCUCCUCUAUAACCGGCACCGGGAGUGUGAGGUGUCUAAGCUGACGGUGCAGGACUACCACAGCCGAAGCUCCGCAGCCCCGCUGGACACUGCACUCUGCGCGUUCGAGCGCCAGGUGCUCUGCCAUCUGUCCCGCGUGCCGGUGCUGGGCAAACGAGGCCGCGUGCAGCCGCUCAUCCUGCCGCCGCACUCCGAAACCUGCCUGGACCUGCUCCUCAAGACGUCUGCAGAUGUGGGCGUGGACCCCGAGAGCCCGUAUGUGUUCUCCAGACCGUACCACUCUCCGGCUACGCCUCUGCGUGGGACAGACCUGCUGCGGAGCCUGGCACGGAGCAGCGGAGCCAAGAACCCGGCGUGUCUGACAGCGCCGCGUGCCCGCCGGCAGAUCGCCAUCCUCACACAGCUGCUUCUUCUGGAGGAGGGCGCCGCCACCAAACGCCUGGAGGACUUCCUGCAGAGAGAGUACCAUGUGACCCAGAGCUGCGCUGGGAUUGGACAGGACCCGGCGCUGAUGAACCGUGUAGGCCGGGUGGUGCUGUACGGUGAGCGGGAAGGCGUUCUGUUCAGGGGCAUGAGUCUGCAGCACAUCUGCCUGGAGCUCGACGUGAUGUCAGGAAACUCUGCCGACUCGUUCUCGGAAAACUCUGAUGCGGAGGCCAGUAAGGUUAAGGAGAAAGCUGAACCGGUGAAGAAGAGAUCCAGAGGUCGAGUUUCACGAGUGAAGAAGGGAACCGGUGCGCGAGUGUGUGCUGCAGCAGCGCCACCAUCAACCGCACACAAGAGACGCAGCGCCGCACAGGUCAAAACAGGUAAGCGUGGCGUGCUGAAGCGUCCGUGGUCGGAAGCGGAGCGCGUGUCGGUGGAAACGCACCUGAAGCAGAACAUCCUUGAGCUUCGAGUUCCUGCUAAAGCGGACUGUGAGCGCUGUCUACAGCUCUGCCCCCUGCUGGCCAGCAACCAGCGCGACUGGAGGGCCAUCAAGUUCUACUGCCACAACCGCAUACAGCUGCUGAAGAAACAGGGCCGCAAGGACUCCAUGCUACAGUAACACACACACACACACAUGCAUACUCACAAUACACCACUAGAGAUAUCAUAACAGUAGCAGAUAGGGCUAAAUUUCAGCAUUUCCUACAUGCAUAUUGAUUUUUUUUGCAUGCAUCUUGUCCGUGCAUGCAUGCAAAAAAAAGUUAGUAAAGAGUUGUGUUAGUUUUACACUCAGAGCAUCUUAUAAAUACUGUUAUGAUACGCUGAUGAUGGUAGAGUUUGUAUCUUCAGCACUGCAAAAUCAUGUUUGUCUUGAUUCUGGUCCAAAUAUCUGAACAUUCUUAAAUCAAGAAACAUUUUCUAGACAAGCACAAAAUAU